GGUCACGCCGGCGUGAUGACGUCACGAGGGGCGGGGCUUGGUGGUGGGGGAGAGAGGGGGCUCGCCGCAGGGCUCGCUUGGUCCUCGCGAGAGUUGGCGGGCCGGGACAUGUUCCUGAGGCGCGCUGCCCGCACCCCCUGCCCGCGCUGGGCCGGGGCCCUGCCGCACACCGCGCCCGCCUCGGCCCGGCGGAGGCGAUCCGGCCGGAGCCCUUACAGAGCCGUGCUCUUGGACGCGAGCGGGGUGCUCCUCCCGGCCCCGCACAGGACUGCCGCGGACUGGGAGGCCCAGAAUUGUAUUCCAGCCGGCACCAUCCAACAAGCUGUAACCUCUGGAGGGGAAAACGGUCCCUCCCUCAAGUACUCACGAGGAGAGCUGACGACUGUGGAGUUUUUGCAGGAGCUGGGACAGCAGUGUUUUGAGACUGCAAACGUCUGUGUUCCAGUGGACUCUUUUCUCUCCAACUUAAUCAGACACGAGAUGACAAAACAGCUCCCCACAAUGGCAGAAGCAGUGCAGUGUAUCCGUGCAGAAGGCCUUAAGGCAGCUCUUCUGAGCAACAGCUUCCGUCUGUCGAAUGGAGAGAGCUUUCUGCCCCUGGACCAGCAGCACUUCGAUGUGGUAGUCGAAGCUCAUCGGGAAGGGAAGUGCAAGCCAGAUCCUCGUGUCUACAAGCUGUGCUUGGAGCGCUUGGACGUUCAGCCUCAGGAAUCCAUCUUCCUCGACAGCAGCAGCCAGAGCCUACAAACGGCAGCCCGGCUUGGCAUCAAAACAGUGAAGGUCGAUGAUCUAGAAGAAGCGCUCAAAGAGCUGGAAACCCAUCUUGGUUUUCCUUUGCAAGGGUUUGUGCCAUAUACUUGUUCAGUGAGACCAGCCAUGGAAAUUCCAAAAGAUCGUCUGCAAAAGUACCUUGAAAAUGUCUUCAGCAAGCAGGCAACAGGUCCGCUGGUGUUACGGCAGUUUGGCCGCGGCCGGGCUGCCCGGACCUAUUACGUGCGGUUUGGAGACCGCUCGCUGGUGCUGAAGAAGGAGCUCCCUGACGGCCAGCUUCCCCCAGGGCCUGCUGUCGGCAGAGAAUACAGAGUACUGAAGGCACUCUCUGAGGCUGGUGUUCCUGUUCCCACUGUACUUGCUCUCUGUGAGGACAGCAGCACCCUUGGCGCACCCUUCUACCUGAUGGAGCACUGCGCCGGCCACAUCCACAGCGACGCCUCCCUGCCCGCGCUGCUGCCGAGCCAGCGGGGGGCUGCCUACGCUGCCAUGAGCCGAGUCCUCGCCAAGAUCCACAGCGUAGACCUCGGAGCAGCCCGGCUGGAGGACUACGGGGAGCGUGGUAAUUACAUUCAGCAGCAAGUUGAUUCCUGGACAAAGCAGUAUCGAGCUGUGGAAACUCACGUCAUUCCAGCCAUGGAGAGGCUCAUCAAGUGGCUGCCUCUGCAUUUUCCUGACUCUCAGAAGGUGACAGUUGUGCACGGUGACUUCAGGGUGGACAACCUGGUCUUUCACCCAGAGAGGCCAGAAGUCCUCGCUGUCCUUGGCUGGAAGCUUUCAACUCUAGGAGAUCCCAUCUCCGAUUUGGCGAAUAACUGUAUGGCCUUCUUCCUGCCACCUCACUUUAACACACCGAGAGGCUCGGAGCGGUGGGGCUUGGGGCACCUGGGGGUCCCCACUGCAGAGGAGUACUGCCAGAUGUACUGUGGCCACAGGGGAGUGGAGCACCCUGAGAACUUUCAUUUCUACAUGGCCUUUGCCUUCUUCCGACUGGCCGCAAUGCUGCAGGGACGCUACAAACGCGCUCUGACAGGGAGGCCAGCCCCAGGUGAAAGCCGCCCGGAGCACGCAGAGUUCGUGGCAGACCUGGCCUGGGACUUUGCCAUCAAAGAAGGAUUCCGGGUGUUUGAGAGCCUCCCUGCUGCAAAGCCUCGUGCACGGCGUUACAGCACCUGGGCCAGGCAGGGGCCAUUCCUCAGCAGGAGCUGUGGCACCUGGACGUGUCCUGGGGCUGCCUCCAUGCCCCAAGUCCCCCCCAUCGCUUCCUUCAGCGGCCUCUUGGGGAUGGCCCAGGGUCUUUACUGCAAGCUGGAAAGGAUCUUGGAUGUCCAGUGGAGUUUUCUGAUUUCCCAGCCCAGGUGGACUCUGCGCCCUCUUCUAGACCUGAAGCAGGCAGAGUGCCAGAGCCAAAGCCGUGUCGGUGAUGCUGACUGGGCAGGCCGUGGAUCAGGCUAGCCAGGACUCUGGAGCAGAACAUCGCAGCCAUGCAGACCCCAGCCCAGGUCCGAGCCCCACGCCCAGCUGAAGGUCCCACGAAGGUCUGGCCGAAGGUCCCGUGUGCCUCGCAGGACAGCACGCUGCAAACCGGAGCUGAGACAGCACUGGGGAGCCUUGGAUGUGAGACUGAACCGGCCCCUCUGGCGUGGGAGGGGUCGUGUUAUCUGCAGCCUGGGAGCUUUUGAAUUUCAGUGGUAUUUCUGUUAUCUGGGCUCCGUGCCUUUAUUGCCAUCAUGGCUCAAUAGCUGUGGGGCAAAUUCCAUCCCUGGAUCAUGAGGCAGUGGGAAGAGCUGGUUAGGAACAGCUGGUGAGGGUGAGCGAGUCUUGGGUUUGGGAAUGAAGAUGGAGCAGAGCACCUCUCCUUCAGCACAUCUCCAGCACCCUGUGGGUGCUGGGACUCCAGUGGUGGGGGAACUGGAACAGGUCCUGGAGGACUCUGGCUUUUGGGGAGUCCCUGGAGCUGGGAGGAACUGGGAGGAGUCCACGGCCCCGGGGCUGCAGUGGCUGUCUCUGGGUUUCCCUGGGGAUCAGGGGUGAUGCAGAUCAGCAGGGGCUUCCAGUGCUCCACACGGACCAGCAGCAGGGAGGACUGGGGGCUUGUGAUCGUGGUAAUUCCUGGGCUCUUUACGUGUUCUCUGGUAUUAAUUCAAUAUUAAAGUGCUGGACAUAAUUCUUGGAAUUCACCAGCAUAACAAGUUCAUCUCUU